AAAAAACAAAGAUUGUCAGUUGAGCCAAAGAUCGGUUUUUACAAAAUCAUUUAGUGACUAAAGAUACAGCUGAAGAAAAGAUGAUUUCCUAUUGUCCUAUUUGCGCAAAGCCAGUUUAUUUUGCUGAGAGAAAACGUUCACUUGGCAAAGAUUAUCAUCCCUUAUGCCUGAAGUGUUUCCAGUGCAAACGGCAUCUUACUGCUGGUCAGCAUGCAGAGUAUGAUGAUAAACCAUAUUGUAACCGUUGCUAUUUACUGCAUUUUGGACCAAGAGGUAAAGGAGCACGUGGAUCAACAUCAAGACCAUCAACUCAUACUGCAACAGUGUGUCCUUCAUCCAAACCAGCAGUAGAGAACAGAUGAUAGGGUUCUGGAUACGUGAAGACUGAAGUGGGCAAUGUGGCUUGUACCCUUUAUUAACAUUAUUAUUAACAUGUAUUUUCAGAGCUCCAACAUAUUGUGCAGCGCUGACCCUUCUGCACAUACACAAAUUUAAAGCUAAUAAAUGAAUAGUACCUGGCAUUGUAUAUCUCUUUGUUUGGAGAAUUUUAGUAUUUUACUACAGGGGGCAGAUUUAUGACCCCAGGAUUCAAUGCCAGAAAACACAAGCUUCUCGUUUGUGUUUUCUACAAUUGAUAUUUUUUAAAUUAAAAGAUUGCAAAGUUGUGGAAAAAAAACAGGUUCUGGAACAAACGAAAGCAAUUGAUUGCAGAAAAUGUGUCUGUCUUUGGUUUGCCAAGCCACAAUACGCGGUAGAUCAUAAUUCUGAAUUUUAGUGUUUUGCUACCUAAAUGACUUUUUGUUGGCAUUCUUUCCACGAUACAGAAAUAUAAUCUCAUUUGGCUAAAUAAUGAUUUAAAGAUGUUUUAAUGAAUGUGUUGAUGUUUGAUGUUGAUGAUGUUUUCAUAAUGUGUUGGGAAGGGAAGAGCUGUUAUGAUUGGCAUCCAUGAUGGUGUUUUAUUAGAAAACAGGGUUAUGUAGUUGGAUAAAAAAAAAGCAUUUACAAGCUGUGAUCUUACUGACUUACUAGGGUGUCCAAAUAUUUGUCCAUGCCACAAUUGCUAUUUUCUUUUUUCUUAUGUUUUAAAGUUUGCGAAAUAAAAUGUAAUAAAACAUUUGCAAAUA